AUGGCAGCACUUGACAAUAACGUGGACGCAGUCAGCAGUCGAAAUGUCAUGGUAGAAGCGGAAGUUAUAGGCAUCAGCCAAGCAACCUGCAGCGUACAGUACGGCGGUGGUAUUGAUGACGGAAUGGUGUGUGCAGCCGCUCCCGGGAAGGAUUCGUGCCAGGGUGACUCUGGUGAACCUAUGGUAAACGCAAAUGGAAACGACCGAACUCUGGUGGGCGUGGUGUCGUUCGGACAAGGUUGUGCGUAUCCGAACUACGCGGGAGUAUACACCAGAGUGUCUUUCUACCGACAAUGGGUGGAUGACAAGAUUACCACCAACACCAAUACCUGCUCAUCGGCUUCACUAACUACUACCCAAGCAAGCACUGGAACAUCGCCAUCCUCAAUUACAAGACCACUGCCUACUGAGUAA